CCAAAAGACAAAGUCAUAUUCUGUUCAGGGGAGUGCCGUAUCCAAGUGAAGAGGACUCUACCAGAUCGCUCUUACCCAGUUCCAACCAAAUCCAGCUGGGCUCAACUUCCAAAAAAGAUCAUCCAAAGUGUUCAUAUGGUUCAGGUACAGCUCAAGAUCACAUCAACAUGGAUCCAAUAACGCCCAUUAUCCCUCACGACUCGCUGAAGGAUACGCUAGCCAUCUUGGUCGUCCUGCUCUCGCUGCCACAGCCUCUGUCGCUGGUCAUCUUGUCCCUGUACAUUCUGUUUUCAUCUUCAAAGGCUUUUGUAUCAAGGCUGUUUACAAAAUUGUUCAAAUCAGCGCCAUCACCAUCAUCAUCAGCACAAUCUCAUCCAUCCUCUACAAUCCCAUCCAUUACACCAACUACAGAAUCCCCAUCCCAAUUGUUUUCUCAAUACGGUCUCAUUGUACUGUUUGAUCUGGCUUUUGGCGCCCUAUUGAAAUCAACAGCUCCAAAUAUAACCAAAGUUGUUUUCGUUCUAUCAAAAUCAAUCAUUGCAUCAAGUUUAAGUGGUGGGAACCAAAUAUCUGAAUCUUUUUAUGCUUGUCUGUUUGUCAUCAUAUUGGAUCACCUUUUCAAGUUGGGGGUCCUAUAUUUAGAUUCUCAUUAUGGAAUAACAAUAAGUUUAAACCCUUAUUUAUUCCCCUAUCUUUCAAAUGUUAACUUGCAAUUCACUUCAGUUUUACGAAAUUUGUUUUUAAUACUCACAAAUAGAAAAGUCUUCACAUCAUCAAGCAACACUUCAUUUUUUUCUCAUUUCAAUUAUACAGAAUUCUCAAUUAAAUUCAUAACAUAUCUCAUCAAUUAUUUCAAUUUGCUUUUAUCAAUUCAUGUCAUAUUAGUUGCGUUUGCAUCUAGGUUCAAAAAUAACGUCAUUUCCAAAACAAUUAAUCAAUUAUCAAAUGAACUAAACAAUACAACAACUUCAUCUCAACCCACAAACAAUAUCAUACUAAACAAUAAGGAUGAACAAAAUAAAAGAGUGGAAGUAUCAUUAUCAGAAGACUUAGCUAAAACUCCAUUACCAAUUGAGGAAGAAGUUAAAAGCGGUGAUGACGAUGCACCAGCUUCUUACCCUCAAACUAAUGUUAAUAUAGAUGAUGAGUCAGUUUCAUCAGCUACUAUUGUUGCUGAAAAUUUUGAAAUCUUUGUCAAUUCUUCAUUCACUAAACCUAAAAAAUCAAUUAAAUCAACUCAACCAUUAUGGUCCCUUUUAUCAACUGCAAAAGCCAUGAGUUUAAGAAAAGAUAUUUAUAGUGGUGAAGUGGAAAUUAAUAAUGACGAUAAUUCAUUAGUCCUAUCAGAUUAUGUCAACAAGUAUGAUGAAUAUAAAUUUGUCAAUUUUGAAGAAGAUUCCAACAAUUAUUACAACAAAAAAAUUUCAAUAUUUAUCAAUUAUAUUGGUGAAACUUUGAUUAGUUUCCAAUUGAAGAAUCAUAACCAGGGCUUAAUAAUCAUUAGAGUUAAUGGUGUUAUUUGGUAUCAAGUUUCACGAGGUGAAUAUAAUGGUGAAGAGUAUUUUAUCGUUGGUGGAUUAACUCCUUCAUCUCAAUAUGAUAUUCAAUUCAUUAUUGAAGAUGAAGAUCCAUGUGGUAAUAAGAAAAAAUAUUUGAUUGAUGAUUUGAUUGUUAGUACCACUGAUUCAAAUGGGUCUGCUAAAAAUAAUACUUCAAAAGUCUUAUCACCAUUAAUCACAUUACAAGAAUCAUUAAUUACAACUAAUGAUAAUCUCGUUAAAGAAAAAUUAAAAUUGAAAAAAACAAGAAAGGAAAUUUCCAAAAAAAUUAAUUCUUAUAAACAAGAUAUUGAAAUUUUAAAGGGGAAAAUUAGUAAUAGUGAUAAGAAUGAUGAAAAAAAUUAUAAAAAAGUUAUGUCAUUAAGAAUUUCAGUUAAACAAGUUGAAGAAGAUUUCACCAAGAUUGAACAAGAAACAAGUGAAAUUGAACUUCGAGAAAAUGAAAUUAAUGAAAUUUAUCUUGUUGAAAAAAGAAAAUUUGAAACAAAUUCAAGAAAUUUCACAAAUUUUAAAAAUCAAUUCAAUGAUAAACUAUCAAUUAAAAGACAAACUUUAUCAGAUUUAAAUUCUGAUAUUGAUUUUGCAAAUUCUAAAAAAGAGAAAUUGAUCAAUAAAUUAACAAAAUUACAAAAUGAUAUAAUUAACAUUGAUAAAGAAUUGGAAGAUAUUUUCAAAUCAGAUUUAUCUAAAAGGUUGAAUUUAAGAGCUAAAAGAAAAGAAAAAAGAAGUUCAUUAUUAAAUGAGUUUAAAAAGGAGAUUGACAAGAUUGAAAAUGAUGCAUUGAAUUUAACAAAGGAAAAUGAAGUUUUAAAAAAUGAAGCAUUGAUGAGACAAUGAUAAUUGAGUAAUAUGCCUGUUUAAAAAAAAUGAGAAUAUAUAUUUGUAUCUGUACUUUUCAUAUGCUAAUUAGUUGUAUGACGUGUCAUUAAUUCAUUAAAAUCAUUUGAUUUGGUUCAACUAUUCAAUUUCAUUACCCACUAUAUGGAAAUUUCUAUUAAAAUUUAAUAAACCUCCAGUUUUAGCUCCCGAAUUAUAAUUUUUAAUUUCUUUAAUCUCACCAAUCCAAAUCUCAUGAUCUUGUAUAUCAAAAUGAUUAUAUUUUUUACAAAUAAUAACUUUUUCAACAUUGUUCUUUAGGAUCGGUAAUGUAAAUCCAUCAAUUUCUAAAUCAACAACACCAUCCUUAUGUAAAACUUCAUAGUCAACAUCUUUUUCCAAUUCUUUAAAAGGUGCAAAAGGCACAUAUUCCCC